UCUGGAGCUGGGGAGAGGGAAUCAAUGAAAAAACUCUAAACAGUGGCUAUAAGCGGAGCCUAACUUUUUUUAAAGUUCCCAAAUAAUCGGGACGGGGUGCAGGGGGCUUUUAAAAAUUGCAAUAAUCUAGGAAAACCUCUUCCUGCUCGGAUCCCUCCCCGGAAACAGCUCUCCCCCGCCCCCCGCAAAUGUAUCGUUUCCACUGAAGUAUAUGUGGGCUUUGCUGCUGAAAAUUGCUCCUUGUUGGAGCGUUCCUGGGAAUCUCGAAAGAAGCCUCAUGUUCCAGGUUUGGACACCAUAACUUCCCUUUUGAAUCUAGUGUGCAUCUGAUAUCUAGAGAGGAUAUUGCUUUUGGGUUGAGCCUCUUCUAGGGACCCAGAGAAAAACCCAGUUGGAAAGGCCACAUCACUUGCUGCAGAUAUUGGGAAGGGUCCUUUCUCUGCACUGGGAUACGAGUGCAGGAGAGAGAAUAUGGCUGCAGAGCAAACAUCCAAGACUGGAUUCGGUCUCCAGUUCCAGGCAGCGCUAGAGAAGUGGAUGCAGCCAAGGUUCAAAAUUCAGGAGCAAGGCUCAGAAUUCCCCAGUCCAGGCAUGGAAUCGAAGGGAGCAGGAAAAGCCCUCCGGAUACACCAGGCAGAGAGAAUCAGGGGUGUUUGGCAAAGGACACCAGGACAACCAGUUAAACGGGAGCCAGGUGAGGGGCUGCUUCAGCGGUGGGAAACCCAGUGGCAGGAGUUCCUGAGGACAGUGGAGUCCCAGCAGUCUAGCUGGAGGAUCUCACAGUUGCCAGAGGAGCCCACCCCAUGGGAGGAUACAAAGGCCUUCCUGGCCUCCUUUGAACAAGUGGCCGAAGCAUGCCAGUGGCCUACAGAAGAAUGGGUGACCCGACUCCUGCCAGCUCUCAGUGGAGAAGCCAAGCUGGCCUUUGGCAGGCUGGAAGCCAAAGACAGGGAGGAUUAUGGGAAGGUGAGAGCAGCCAUCUUGCAAGGCGACACCAUCAGCAGGGAGAGGAAGCGGCAGCACUUCAGGCAUUUCUGCUACCAGGAGGCCGAGGGGCCCAGAGAGGCUUACAGCCGACUUCAGGAACUUUGCCACAAUUGGCUGAAGGCAGAGAAACACACCAAGGAGCAGAUCCUGGAGCUGCUGAUCCUAGAGCAGUUCCUGACCAUCCUGCCCCAGGAAAUCCAGACCUGGGUCAGAGGAAAUAGUCCAGACAGCUGCACCCAGGCUGUGGCCCUGGCUGAGGAUUUCCUACAGAUGCAAGAGGAUGCCCAGAGGGAAGAGCAGCAGAUGCUGGUGCCUUUUGAGGAGGUGGCAGCCACCCCCCUCUCUGAAGCAGAGCAGGCUCCGUCUGAUGCUAGGAAGAGGCAGCUGUGCAGAGAGGCCAAGCUGGAGAAUGAUGAAGGAGAUGUCCGCUCACAGGGUGAAAGUGGGAUGUAUGUAAAUGAGGUGGAGAAAUCUGUUCCAGAAAGUUCCAAGCUAGUGGGGUCAUGUGAGACACCAGCUGGGAGAGCAGAAGAGAACAUUCCUUGGAUAUGUGAACAUGAAGAUGUCUCAGAGAGUCCUUGCAGACCUGAGUGGCAUCAGAAAGGAGAGAGCUUGGAUGAACCAAUUCCUCAUAUGGGAGGUUACAAGGAACUCAGCCAAACCCCAGACCACCAAACCACCCACACUGAUUAUGGACAGGGGAGUGCAAAUAAAGAGAGAGACCAUCGCAGGGUGACCGCCAAACAAGCAGAGCCGGACAGAACAAUCCAAGGAGUAGCAACAGAGAAUGUCUCCCAGUGUCACCAAGUGGGAGGAGCCUCUGAGAAUCAAUGCAGGAAGUGGCAAGCAAGACCCACCCCUAGAAAAAGAAUGGGCAGAUUGCUUUCAGAGGAGAAGGAACCUGGUGAUGAGCCACUGUGGCCGAAACACAAGAUAUUUGCGGUGUCUGAGAAAAUCUUCAGAAUUGCCUCUGCCAAUCAUAAACACGAGAGACUGUACGCUGGGGAGACGCCCUACCAGUGUGCUGAGUGUGGGAAAAACUUCAUUCACCAGAGAACCCUCCACACACACCAGAGACUCCAUACUGGCGAGAAACUUUAUGAGUGUCCCGAAUGCAAGAAAAAAUUCCUCAGCAAAUCAAAACUCACUAGACACCAGAGACUCCACACUGGGGAGAGACCCUACAAGUGCUCCUACUGCUGGAGAAGCUUCAGCCAAAGCUACAACCGGACUGAACACGAAAGGGCCCACACGGGGGAGAAGCGGAAUAACUGGACCAACCAUUCUAAGGGUUUUGAUGGUAGCUCUUGUAUUACUGCACGUGAAAGAACUUGCAAAGGAGACAAAUUGUAUAAAUGUCCAUCUUGAGAGAACAGUCUCCCUUUGAGCUCCACCUAAAAGAAUCCGUGUGUGAGAGAACCUGUAACAAUGUUCAGAGUGUGGGAAAGCCUCCAUUUUGAAGCUAUCCCUCAAUAGAUAACACAUCCAUUUGACUGGCCGAGCUGCACUGAUAUCAGAGAAGACAGGCAGAAGGGUCUCUGGUUGCUUAUUGCUCGAGUUGCUUGGGUGCUAGUAAGGGUCAGGGCAGGCAAAAGAGCCCCCAGAAGGAGCGAAAGAGGCCAGGGUGUAGGAAGGGAGAAGGUAGUAACUCUUACUCCCUGGGAGACUUGGAAAAGAAGGGUGGUGUGUGGUGCAGAGGAAUUGGGGGAAGGGAAGUCCAGAGGAAGAUGUCUGAGAUAGGAAGGAAGACUGGGACAUCCAGUGGGCAGAGCAGAGAGGAGGAUAUGGACAGGAAGUGAAGAAGGCUGGCGGCGACAUACUGAUUUGAAAUAUCCUCUCAAAUCACUGGCUGUACUUUCCUUUCGAUUAGCUGUAAUUCACCCUAGAAUGCAAUAAGAGCAAACAUGAACAUUCAUCAGUCUCUGAGAAUAUUUGCAUUCUUGGCUGCUGUUAGUUUUCCCGAUCAUGUGAAUGUUACUUAAUUUUAAAUCAUUCUGGUUUCUAAUAAAUUCUCUGAAAUGUU